AUGCCGAACACGCCCUCACCUGCGUCCUCUACUUCCACCGACGAGACAACCCUGCCCACCCCCGAACACCCCUACGUCAUAUCCCGAUCCCCUUCACCAUCAUACGACAGCGUCCAAGGCAUCAUGCCGUCCGACAAGACGGAUGAAGAUGUCUUUUCACCCACGGCGAAACCGCAGAUCACGACGCUCCACUACGAAAGCCCGGUUGAGCGCAGCGCCGAUUCGACGCCGGGGAGUAUACCCAGCAUAUCUGUUGAAGACACUGUCGAGCCGGAGUUGGGAUGUGGGGCUUCGCCAACGCCGUACGCCAAGCAUGGCUCUGCGCUGAAGGGUCGUGCCCCGCCCCCACCAAUAUUCCUCCGACGAUCCGUUGAUGGCCAAGACGAUGCAAGCCCUGAGGCUGUCUCUGCCCCCGGCACUGCACCGCGUAGCAGCCACCCCUACGCCGCCUCCAAAGGCCUCAACAUCUCUGGUGUGUCCAUGCCUCAGAUAACUGGGGGUCCUGUAGUGGAGCAAGGCGAUGAAGGACUUGACGGUCAGGAAGAGCAGGACGCGCUGCCAGAGCUCGUCUCGCCCCACCGACUCAACUUUGACAAUCCCUCCAAUGCGCCUGUAAGCCCAGCUUGGCAAUCAUUCGACUCGCCCUCGGUGUACUCGCCAUCGUUCAAACGGCAAUCGUAUCCCCGGUUCCCAUCGCAAUCCAACCUCGACGUCCCUUCACCUCUCGGCCCCAAAAGUCGGCAACACGAGCCGACGUCGCAUCAUGGUAUCCACUCUAGGAACCUGUCUUUGUACUUUCCGCAGCCGGGGAGUGUGCCGCCAAGAGAGAAUGAUGGAGGAGCAGGACUGGCGCCGAGUCCGGAGAUGGCUACGACGACCCUCAUACCCAGCGCGGACGAAGAUCGAAAAGUGUUUGGAGGCGCUGGCAAUUGGAGCUUCGGGCAAGCCAGACCAGAGGGUCAGGCGGGGCUGUUGACGCCUGAUGUGAAACGGAGCAAAAGGCGGGGUCACCAUCAUAAACACUCCUUAUCCCACAACUUUUUCUCCUUCCUCGAUCCAACAGAAACCAACCCCACACUCUCCAAAACCGAACCCUCAGCUCCUCCGCCCGAUGCAACCCCCGCCCCAGUCCCCAUGCCCCGCUUCCCAUCCACCACCACCGAUUCUCUCUCCCCCAUGUCUGCUUCCAAACUAGACCACUGGGGCCGCUUCUUACUAUCAUUCGCGGUGCUAGAAUUUGUGAUAGGUGCGGGAUUGUGGGUGGAAGGGCAGAUGAGCGGGUGGAGAUGUUUGGCGGGAGUGGGGUAUUUGGUGGUUUUUGAUGCGUUGGGAGCUGCUGUGGGGUAUGUGGAGAGGAAGGAAGGAGGUGGGUGGAGUAGUGUAAGACGGCCUUACGGACCAUCACGAUACGUAGCGCUGCUGUACUUUGGUCAAUGCCUCUUCCUCGUCUUUGCCGCAGUCUACAUUGCGAAAGAAUCGAUCGAGCAAGUCAUCCUCGGCGCCAAUGCCCAUGAUCAUUCUGUCGGUGGGCAUGGGCAUGAAGGAGGAGGAGGGCAUUCGCAUGGGCAUAGUCAUGGAGGCGGGGAAGGAGAAGAGGAGAGGGCGUUCCCGGUGUUCUUGUUGAUCUGUGCGGCGGUUGCGAGUUUGUUUGGGGGUGGAGUCCUGGGGAACCAUGCAAAGUUGGUUGAUGCUGUGGGGUCAUUGUUCUUGACGCCGACGUACAUAACGCUACCGUUUGUCUCGAAACUACCGUCAUUGUUUGGGAACCCUUUCACGUUGACUGUGGCGGGGGCGAGUGUUGGUAUCCUUGUCAGCACUGCGAUCGUCCCUUCAUCAUCCCUACACUCUGUCGACGCUCUCAUCUCCCUCCUCCUAACCAUCUUCACCUCCGCCCUCGCCUACCCCACCACAUCCUUCUUCGGCCACAUCCUCCUCCAAACCGCGCCCCCCUCUUCGACCCCCCAAAUGUCGGGCCUCAAAAAAGCCCUGCGCGAGGUGAAAGAAGACCGGCGCGUGCUGGGGCUUGGGAUCGUGCGGUGCUGGGCUGUCAGUGUUGGGAAAGGCGGUUGGGAUGAUUAUGACCAACAAGGGCCUGGGAGCAAGGCGGGAAGUAGUAUAUCGUCUCCUGUCGUCUCCCCUCGAGGAUCGAUGGAGUUCAAUUUCACAUCCUCCUUUUCUGCCUUUACCCCCGCCGCAUCCAACUCGACGGCUUCGAGCUACUUUGCCACACCAACGUCAAAAGAAGAAGCCUCCGCGCCCUUGGUAGUGACGCUUACAGUGCAUGUGCACCCCGACUCGGCGGAUGGGGAUGUGUUGGAUGUGACGAGAUUGGCGUGGGGUAAGGUGAAUCAGGCGGUGGGGAGGGGAGGGGGAGAGGGGGAGGUUAGUGUUUGUGUGAAAAGAGGGUGGGAAGGGAUUGAAGAGACGUAG